GUUCCAGCGGUUCUUGGGUGAAAUCAAAUGUAAGAAAUGUUGACGACUCCAGGAAUAACUAAUUCUUUUGUUAAUUUUCCUUUCAGAUAUUUUCCAUUAAAUUUUUGCUCCAAAUAACAACGCCCUUGCUUAAAUAAAUAACGAGGAGUCCUUUGGACUCCAAAGCCAACAUCUUCUCGAGAUGAUAAUUCCUGGGAGUUGCUAGAGUAUUUUAUCCGCAGAAAACGAAAAUUGUACAUUUAAUAUAAAAUGUAGGCAAUGUUUUCCCUUUCAUUACUUGAUUUAAACGCGCACCAAUCCCCUGUUUGGAACAUGACGUCAUCAACUUACCGUCCAAUCCCAAAAGGUGGCUUGUUAUAUAUAUACUUGAAUUUUCUCAGCACACACCUCAUUCUACACUCCUCUCAACGUUCUCAAAUGGCUCGUACUAAGCAGACCGCUCGCAAGUCCACCGGUGGCAAAGCCCCGCGCAAGCAACUGGCCACCAAAGCUGCCCGCAAGAGCGCUCCGGCCACCGGCGGCGUUAAGAAGCCCCACCGCUACCGUCCUGGCACCGUGGCUCUGCGCGAGAUCCGGCGCUACCAGAAGUCGACCGAGCUGCUGAUCCGCAAGCUGCCAUUCCAGCGCCUGGUGCGCGAGAUCGCGCAGGACUUCAAGACCGACUUGCGCUUCCAGAGCUCGGCGGUCAUGGCCCUGCAGGAGGCCUGUGAGGCCUACCUUGUGGGUCUGUUUGAGGACACCAAUCUGUGCGCCAUCCACGCCAAGCGUGUGACCAUCAUGCCCAAGGACAUACAGCUUGCCCGGCGCAUCCGGGGUGAGAGGGCGUAGUUCCCCUCCCCAUUUCUACAAAAGGCUCUUUUCAGAGCCCCUCCAUUAUCACCAGAAAGGAGCUGUUU